AUGGCAGGAAACUUGGCAGACGCAAUUACUCAACCCCUUAACGAUCAAUUAAAAAAAGCUGUUGGAUCAGGAUCUGGAUCUUCUUUUCCUUCAUCAUCAGGUAAAAAAAUCAUUGAAUUUACACCAGAAUAUUACUUUGCUUGUACAUUAGGUGGUAUUAUUGCAUGUGGACCUACUCAUGCUUCAGUUACUCCUUUAGAUUUAGUUAAAUGUAGAAGACAAGUUGAUCCACAUUUAUAUAAAUCAAAUAUUCAAGGAUGGAAAACAAUUUUAAAAACUUCUGGUGAUUCUAUAUUUACUGGAUUUGGUGCUACUUUUAUUGGUUAUGCAUUUCAAGGUGCUGGUAAAUAUGGAUUUUAUGAAUAUUUUAAAAAGAAAUAUUCUGAUUUAAUUGGUCCUACAUAUUCUAAACAAUAUAAAACUGGUGUUUUUUUACUUGCUUCUGCUUCUGCUGAAUUCUUAGCUGAUAUUGCUUUAUGUCCUUGGGAAACAAUUAAAGUUAAGACUCAAACUACUAUUCCUCCAUAUGCUAAUAAUUUAGUUGAUGGAUGGAAAAAAAUUGUUAGUACCGAAGGUAUGGGUGGUUUAUAUAAAGGUUUAGUACCUUUAUGGUGUAGACAAAUCCCAUAUACUAUGGUUAAAUUUGCAAGUUUUGAAAAUAUUGUUGCUGGUAUUUAUAAAUAUCUUGGAAAACCUAAAGAUUCAUUUACUACUUUACAACAAACUGGUGUUUCAUUUUUGGGUGGUUAUAUUGCAGGUAUCUUCUGUGCUGUUGUUUCUCAUCCUGCUGAUGUUAUGGUUAGUAAAGUUAAUUCUGAAAAAACUCCAAAAGAAUCAACUGGUGAAGCCAUUUCUAGAAUUUAUAAAAGAAUUGGAUUCGCUGGACUUUGGAAUGGUUUACCUGUGAGAAUUUUCAUGAUUGGUACUUUGACUGGUUUCCAAUGGUUGAUUUACGAUUCAUUCAAAGUUUACGUUGGAUUGCCAACAACUGGUGGACAUUAG